AUGAGUGCUGCGGUUGAAGAGGAAUGCGCUCCUUCGACAUCAGGAGGUACUGGGCCAAAGUCUAAAAAUGCCGAGAAGAAGGCACGGGUAUUCGACUUCGACUCCAUUUUUGAAGAAACAAGAAAGGCUGGACAAGCUCGAUUCGUUGAAGCUAAGGCCGGAACCGAUGAAAAAGCUACUGCCGAGCGCGAAUCACUGAAAGAUAGUGGAACUGUGAGUGAAGAAGACGACGAUUUCCUACCAAUGCUGCCUCCCGGCUUCGUCCCUGAUAAAAGUGUUAUAGUUAAUUCAUCAGAGUCCCAGAAUAAAGAUACGGGCGAUGACGAUGAUGAAGAUUUCGUAGAUUACGUUGGUGAUGGAAUUCCCAUUGUCAACCUUAUUCCAACAGCAUGCGAAGCAAAGCUAGUCCAUGGUGGAAAACCAGUAUCUGCCUUACGAUUCGAGCCUAAUGGUAUACGAUUUGCGUCUGGUGGUGUCGAU